CACUGCCCCGCGCUUCUUCUUUCUCUCUCUCUCUCUCGCUUGGCCUCUUCCGGUCGGUGGAGUGCCUGUUAGCGCAGGCUACGGUGUAAAGAUGGCUAAGUCUAAGAACCAUACUACCCAUAACCAAUCACGAAAAUGGCACAGAAAUGGCAUCAAGAAACCCAGGUCACAGAGAUACGAGUCUCUGAAAGGGGUUGACCCCAAGUUUCUGAGAAACAUGCGCUUUGCCAAGAAACACAACAAGAAGGGGCUGAAGAAGAUGCAGGCCAACAAUGCCAAAGCCAUCAAAGCACGAGCAGAGGCCAUCAAGGCCCUGAGCACCAAGGCCUCCAAGGCCAAGCUCCUCAGGCCCAAGAUCCCCAAGGCCAGUGCCUGGCGUACUGGACGUAAGAUGGCCACCAAGCGUCCAGGCCCUAGAGUUGGCUUCAAACGGCCAGGCCCUAGGAUCACAAAGCCUGACUCUAAGGUUGCCAGAACCGCUGACCCCAAGACUGCCAAGUCCACUGACCCCAAGGCUACUAAGGCUGCCAAGCCUACUGACCCCAAGGCUGCCAAGUCUGCCUCCAAGGUCAGUAAGUCUGAUCCCAAGGCUACCAAAUCUGGCCCCAAACCCAGCAAAUCUGAAGCCAAGGUCGCCAAGUCUGAUCCCAAGGCCACAAAGCCCAGUGAUUCCAAGGCUGCUAAGCCUGCUGAGUCCAAACCCAAAGAUGCUGGGGCUAAAGCUGCUAGUCCCAAGCCUUCAAAAUAGAUGCUUCAGGACAGAAGGACUUGUUUAAACCCUAAACUACCAUUUUUUUCCCAGUCAGGGUAUGAUUAUUCUAUUCACUAUUUUGUACAAAUAAAGAAAAUGGUGAGUCAUAAGAAC